AUGCAAACAGAAGUAAGACCGAUAAGCAAAAAGGGUGAUUUGAGCGGUUCGAAGAUUAUGUCUUGUCAAGCAUACGACCAGGACAAUCCAUCCGCGUUGCUAGGUGCUCAAGAGCUGGGUGCACAUACUCAAUAUGAACUCGCUUUUUUACCCCCUCUACCGCCAUCUCCAGUCCUUGGGACCCCAGAGGUCGAUGCUAUUGCUACCAGUAUGUCAAAUAAAGUUGCCCAAUCACUAUCAGAUACGGCAACAUCCGCAGUCUAUGGAUCUUGUGUUACCUGUGGGGAAGUGUCAAGAAAUCAUACCUGUGGUUAUGGAAGACAUGAAGAAAACCUCAAUGACGCUUGA